AUGACCGAAACGAGACGUGCUAGAGGUGCCACGGCGGCCGUCUCCGAGAAGCUCACCCUCGCUGCUCUGCCAUACGAGCUCCAAGCCAACAUAUGGGAGGCUGCGAUCGAGCCUCAGAUCAUUUUCAUGGACAUCGUCGAAGGUCGAUUAGGAAUCACUAGCCCGGCCGACAAAGCCCUCGCCCGGGUCUGCAGCCUGUCACGGGAGAUCUAUACUAAGAAGAAGAAACUCCUCAAGCUUGGCGCCCAUUCCUACUGGGUCGACCCGGACCACGACAUCUUCUACUUCCGCGGCGACCGCGUUCCUAGCACCUGGGACGCCAUAUCACGCCCCUCGGCUCCCAAUCACGGUUUCGGCCUGCCCACCGUCGACGGAUUCGACCGCAACAUUAUCCAGAACGUGGCCGUCGACCUGUACUACCUGGGCUCGCAUCCGCGGGAGCACGCCAUUGUCCGCCUCUGGAUCCUCUUCCCCGGAAUUCGGAGCCUCCACAUUCUCGUGCCCAAAGGCCCGCCAGGCACUCCGGUCCCGAAGUUGGCCCCUGAGACCGUGGUGCUGUCCGACAUCCCCAACCUGCAGAUUGUCGGGCCCCCCGACGGAGACGCGAAGGAACUGUGGCUCGCUGUUCGGUACCAGGUGAAGAGGGCCUGUAACCGGAUCCUGUCCACCGAGAACGGCUGGAUGGGCCGCCACCUCCCGGAAGUCGUCGGCCACCUCACCGACUGGGAACCAGAGACGGCUGGGUACAUUGUGGAUUCCAGGAGGCUAAAUGACCCAAAGGAGUUUGUGUUGAGCGUGUUGCCGCCGCCUGGGUCUUAG